AUGGGUUGUGGUGCAUCAGAAAUAUCGAAUUCUCUCGAAAAUUCUCUUCAACCUAAUGUUAAAGUAACAGUUACACCAUCAUCACCAUCACCAUUAUCGUUCUCUAAUUUAUUGAAUAAGCCAUUCGAGUCAAAUCGCUUCAUUCCAAUGCGGGACAAUCCAAUUGAUACAAAUGAUAUUAUUCAAAAUUUACUUUUGAUUUGGCUUGACGAAAACAUUGAUGAAUCCAGCAAUGAGUAUCUCAAUUCUAUCAAACAAUUACGGCGAACAAUAAAUACAAUUCAAAUAUUUCGCGAUGCACAUGAAUUUAUGAGAUACGUGUCAAAUCCACAAAACAAAAACUGGCUCCUCGUUAUUUCAGGAGCUCUAUGUGAAAGUGUUGUACCACGUGUUCAUGAUAUGAUACACCUACAUUCAAUUUAUAUCUUUUGUCGACAACAAGAAAAAUAUGAAGAAUGGGCAAACGGCUGGCCCAAAGUAAAAGGUAUUUUCACCGAAAUUACUGCAGUUUGUGAUAUGGUCCGACGAUCUGCUCAACAAUGUGACCAAGAUGAUAUUAGAAUAACUGGUGUAUCGUCAUUGAAUCAAAUUGAACCAUCGUUUAUGUAUACGCAACUCUUGAAAGAAAUUAUUCUUGAAAUAGAUUUCGACGAACGAAAUGAAAUUAGCAAUCUCGUCGAGUAUGCUCAUAACGAAAAGGAAUAUGUCAACAACAAAGAACAGCGCGAGCUUAUCGAUGAAUUUGCUGCCGAUUAUCAAAAAAGUAUUGACGAAAAUAAGGCCAUUCGAUGGUACAGUCGACAAUGUUUCACAUAUCAAUUAGUUAACAAAGCUCUACGUUCUCUAGAAGUGCACGCUCUACUGAAAAUGGGUUUUUUCAUUCGUGAUGUUCAUCGAAACAUCAAAAAGCUUCAUUUAGAACAGUCGAAAACAAUCAAUGCAUCUGCUCCUACAAUAAUUACUGUAUAUCGAGGUCAAACUAUGAGCAAAGCGGAUUUUGAAAGAAAUAUAAAACAAGAUGGACUCGUUUCUUUUAAUAAUUUUCUAUCGACUAGUGAGGAUCGUCGUGUUGCUGUUAGUUAUAGUUCUCCGUUUAUUAGUGACGUGAACAAAAUCGGUGUUCUUUUCGAAAUGACUAUUGAUCGGUCAGUUUCACAUAUGCCAUUUGCCCGAAUCAGUGAAAUUAGUUGGUUUCCAAGCGAAAAAGAGAUUCUCUUCACAACGCAUUCAGUUUUUCGUGUUCAACAAAUUGAAGAAAUUUGA